UCACUGGAGCAACGACUGAUUAGAGAAAGGCAGAACGUUCUGGAGGGACAACUCUUAACAGGACUGAAAUGCUUACUAAAAGCAGCAGGAGGAAGUAACAUAUUCAGGUCUUAAAUGGCCAUCAAGGACUCCUUUUAACACAGCACGACUGUUGUAAACUGUGACUGAAGCCACAUGGAUUAAUGUCUUUUUUUUCUUUUUUCUUUUGGCUUAUUUUCAGAGUGGAAGGCUGUCUUAGUGGGUUGCACACUGCAGGAGUGCUUCAGAUAUACAGGAAAAGGUCUUAUUAUCAUUGAACAAGAAGUUGUUGCUGAAGUACUUUUCAGAGUUAUUGAAAGAAGUGCUAGUCAUGUCUGGCAGAGUGGUUCCUGCCUUUCUCUUAAGUUUAUGCCUGAUUGUGGCUUCAGUCCAGAGCCAGGGUUCCCAACAGGAUGCCUUUAUAAUCCAGUACCUGGAGCGGAGACUGGCUCAGAUGGAGGAGCGUCUGAACCAAUGUGAGCAAAACACAGUGGGCGUCACCCAGAAGAACUAUGACCUCUCCUCUGAAAUGAGGGGUUAUCUGUCCACUGUCAAUGUCCUGAGAUCAGAGGUGAAGAGCCAUAUGGACAGUCUGUCUGUGCGUGUAGAACGGGUGGAGAGGGAGUUGGAGUAUCUAGAAAACAAGAUCCCCACCCAGUCUGACAUUGAGAUGGAGGAGGCACUGCUCGAACAACAGAUAAAGGCUGCAGAACUGGACCAGCUUAAGAAGAAAGCCAAGAUCAAAGUGGAGAAUGACUGCAGCACAGCUCUGAGUCAAAUCAAGUCUCUCAAGAUUGUGAAGAAGACAGGAGAUACCGCUGGUUCCUGGUUCAGGGACCCGUCUGCAGGAUCAGCUAAGGUCUACCUGCUCAGUGGAAUUCGUAACAACACUCUGCUGGAGUAUGUUUCUCUGCGAAGCUUCACAGAGAGGACCACCACACCAACGCCUAAGGUGGUGCAGCUGCCUUUCCCCUGGCAGGGGACAGGUCAUGUGGUCUACAAUGGAUUCCUCUACUACCACAAGGCCGAUACACCAAAUCAGAUUCUUAAGGUAGACCUGUUGAAUGGUACAGUGGUGGACAGCACACUUCUUCCAGGAGCAGGUCGUCUCCCAGUCUACAGCCUGAACCCCAACACCUACGUGGACCUGGCUGUGGAUGAACUGGGCCUCUGGGUCAUUCAUGCUGACAAUGAGUACGGAGGCAACCUGGUCAUCACCAAACUGGAUAAAGGAACCUUGGCUGUGGAGUAUAUAUGGGAUACGCAGUGUAAAAGCCGUAAUGCUGAAGGAGCUUUCCUAAUAUGUGGGACCCUCUAUGUGGUCUACAACACACAUUACGGAGGACGCUCCACCGUACAGUGUCUCUAUGACAUCCAUGACACCAUUCACAGUGAUGAGAGUCCUGUGAUAUUCUUCCCAAAGCGCUACACAAGCCACAGCAGCAUCCACUACCACCCCGGAGACAAACAGCUGUAUGCCUGGGACGACGGCUACCAGACAAUAUACAAAGUGGAGACGCGCAGGAACGACCAAGUUACUGCUGAAUGAUGAUGAUAUCUUAAGAGUUUUUAAAAACAUGUAUUAUCUCUUCAAAAAUAAGCCCAUAUCAUGCAAUAGUUAUGCAUCACUUGUAAAAGCAUACAUUUAGUAAAGUUACUGUUGAGUAUCUCAUACUGUACUGUCAUUCAUUCCUUUGCUGGCAUUGGAUGCUGCCUUUAUAACUGCUAUCACUAUACACAUAAAGAUCAUUGUAUCACCAUA